AUGACCCGGUUGAGUGUAUUAUUCUUUUCCUCUAAAAGUCACACAAUUAAAUUAAAUAUCACGUAUCUUAUUUAAAAUCCCUUGGACUUCUCGGGACGUCCAGUCCCGUCAUACAUCACUGAGCCCUCACACUAUGCAGUAUGCCCGCACACGUGCACACACUCGUGUACGCACGAUCUCUUCCUAAUACCAAUGUGCAGGAGCAGAUAAAACGACGCCACACAGGCGCACAUCCACGCACACAUGGAGCCAAGAAUUCCUCAUCGGCUGGUUGCACCAGGAUGAGGAACAGAAUACGGCGUAUCGGUAUACACGCAUAACUACGCGCACAGUCAAAAGUCAGAUUAUCGGUACAGGUAGAAGUAAAAGAACACACGGCGUCGCCACGCACACAGGUGAGCGUGAAGCGGUGUGCGCGCGACGUUACGCACACCCGUACACGCACACAGGGGCAAAAAACACGCCACACCAGUUUACGCGUAACACACGCAAAUCAGGAGUCACACUUUCGUAUGCCUGCGCCGCGUUCGUAGAUAAAAGGAAAAGAAUAUCUUGGCGGUAUCUUGUACACAGGCAAACGGAACGUAAAGAACGUGCCACGCCAGUUUACACACAGCGUGCACAUACAUAUACGCACACACAUAAUCCAAUCAAGAAUCGUACACCUGUCUGCGUGUGCGGAGGUAAAAGAACACGGUGUACGCACACAGGUGAGUCGAAGAAAAACGCCGCGUGCGUACAUGUGCACAGGUAAGACCGACGAGCCGUGCGGCACGACACUCGUCUGGGUCUUGGGGCCUCAGUAAGGUGGUGUUCACCGCCGUGUGUGCAACUCCUCGUGGUAUCGCUUCUCCACCUCCGCCUCUUCUUCCUCCUCCUCCUCCUGCUGCACCGGGGGACCAGGUAAACGCACGAGGACGUGUAUCGGAGCCCGUGGCCGCAGAAGCGGGCCCCCGGAUCGCUCUUUCGCUCUCCCAUAUCGGUAGCCUUGACGGGCGCCAACCAGCCUGGACACCCAGCGUUUAACCCGGCCUGGUCUGGCGAACACACGUGCGUUAACCGCGGAGCGCGGCGAGGAGAGUUUGGGCUCGCGAGUUUGUCAGAAAGAAAAUUCCUCCCGAUCCGCGGAGGCGCGGUAUCGGGGGUGAAUUCCUCCCGGGGGUGCGCGAAGAGGAGGAGCGGCAGGAUGUGUGAUCGGUGAUCGUCGGUGUGUGCCAACGGCAACGUGAGUGCCAACGAUGUCGACGACGGACGUGGUCCGCAUCGUUCAGCAAGGAGCCGCUGCUGACGAAGACCAGGGGAGGCUGAAGGCUGGUCUACAGUACCUGAGAAGAAGGGGGCUGUUCAAGGCGUCCGGCGGCGGCGGCGGCGGCAGCGGCGGCGGCGAACUAUCGCAUCAAGGACGCAAAUGCGCGCGAUGCGGCGCGUCGUUCGGUAGAAUUUACAACACCGGCGCGACUUGCACGCGCUGCAGACAUCGCGUGUGCCGGCAGUGUCGCAUCGAGAUCACCAGGAACCACGCAGGCGGUGACAGAGAGGUCGAGUGGAUCUGCAACGUUUGCUACAAGAUCGCAGAAUUGCACGUCGUUACCAACAAGUGGAUGUACGAGAGUCCGAUUUCCAGCGGAUCUGUCAGCGAGAAAACAGCGCGGAUCCCGGUGGACAUACUGAACCGCAGCAUCCGACGAGCUUGGACGAUUAAUGGUCCUCCGACACGUUGGUUGGCUGCGAGAAAGUCCCCGGAAUUGCGAAUAUAUCGCAGCCUACCGUCUCGCCAUCAGGAUUAUCGAGAUCCGCUGGAGGAUUCGCGCUUCGACGACGGAACGUUGUCGAAGCUCGAGAAUUCGCGAAAGAGUUUGGACGCGAGGGACUGCGCCGAGGACACCGGCGACAGCUGCAGAGAUGUAACCGAAGCGAUCGAGAAAAGCGCGUCGAUUAACGAACGAACGAAGCGAGAAAGACCGACCGUCAAAUCGGAGGACGAAGUGCCAUCACCGGAUAGUAUAAGAUUUAAUAAGAGAGGCGAGCGCUCGGCCAAGGAGCAGGAGGAUCCUGCGCAGGAGCAGAGCACGCCGAGGAUAUCGCUUAUAAAACCGCCGAGGAUCCUCGCGAAGCUCGUGUCACCCGAGACGAAAAUAAGUCCGACGAAGCAUGGCGAGAGGAAAUCGAAUAUUCCCAUUUUUAAAAGGAGCUCCAAAGAGUUCGAGGAUAUCCGGAGCCCGCAGGAGUCGCCCAAGCGAUCACUUAUUCCUCAAAGAUACAGAGGAAGCACUGAUGAUCUGCGUCGCAGUCGCGAGGACAUAAGCGUGCCAAGCUUGAUCCCGAAACUGUUAUCCUCCCGCAGCAAGGAGGAGCGAUUAAAGCGGCAAGACAGCAAGGACGACAUUCGUCACUUAUCGAGAUCGGCGCGAAAAGAUUUUAAGGAAGAGAGCAAGUUAUCGUCGUUUGUCACUUCAUCGACGUCCGCCAGCAAGGACGAAGUCUGCAAGCCGGGAAUAAGGCUCUUUCGCCGUGAAAAUAGUCGCGAGGACGUGGGCAGGGACUGCGCGAAUUCGAGCAAAGAGCCCGCGAAAGGAAAGCAGCAAGAGAAGCAAGAACGAGCAGAGGUUGUGGGCGCUGCGGCGAGAUUGAAAGCUACCGGCGAACAGAUCAGGACAAGGUGCGAGGACGGCAAGGACGACGCCAACGACGCCGAAGGAUUGCCGUCGAGGAGAGAGGAGGCGAUUGCCUCGUUCGAACCGGACUCGACAGUACUAAACGCCCGACUGGACGAGAGGCCUGAUGCGGAACAUCAGGACGCGAGGAUGAUCGACAUGAUCAUCACGGAAAACAGGACGCAGGACGAGCGAAUGCGGGAGCAAGACACGAUGGUUCUAGGCAACGAGGCGAUAGACGAGAAGCAUUUGUUGGCGACUCGAGAAUCGAUCGAAUCCGUUGCGGAGAACGAUAAGGGACAGGACAACGACGAGGAGGAGACGCGGGACACUGCCGAGCAGUUGUUGGACGUCGGCAGCGACGGUGACGUCACCGGAAUCGCCAGUGAAAGAAAGGGCUCGCUGGAGAUCGGUUAUGGAAAGAGGCCGGACGAGUUCCAAGUGAUACGGCGAAAGUUCUCUAAAGAAGAAUUCUCAAAUCCGGACGACACCGAUGAGACUCCGAAUAAGCGUUGUUCGAGUCAUCUAUCGCCGGAAGCCAGUCCAUUGAGCACAAGAUCGUCGAGGUACAGUCCUCGGGAGAGCGAGAGCGAACCCACUCCUGCAUUGCCACGUAAAACCGGAGGAGACUCCUGUUCUGCCUCCCAGAGGAUACGCGAUGCUAUUACGAGGACCAGGAGAGAGUCUAACAGUAGCGCCAGAUACGAGAGUAGCGGUAGCGAGAGCGUCAGAUUAAGCGAGACCGGUUUGCAUGGAUACGCGGAACUGACGAGGAAGGUGAAGUUCUUCGGAGGAAGCAGCGGCGUGGUUUCGUCGACGAUCGGUGGCGACGAGGUUGUGCAACGCGACAGUGCAACCAGUGCAGGCGAGGAUGAAAUCAACGAAGAUGGUCACGACAGAGCGGGUCCAGUUCCUUCGCAAGGGAGGACGAUGCUGCGACGAAGGAGGCAAUUCGAUGCUCAAGGUUCACGGCGACGCGGAAGAUCGCACGCGAGAUCUUGCUGCGGCGGCGAGGAUCUGCAGAGCCUGCAGGCAUUGAACCUGAUCGGACGCGGGGGUGGAAGCAGUCGGCAGCGUAGUCCUAAUCCCGCGACAGGUGGCCCAGGUCAGGAUCAGCCAUCGUCCGUGGUGGACUACAGGCGGCUGGUAUUCAUCAGCUCGGACUCAUCGUCAGGUCGCGAAGAGGACGACGCCGAUAGCAGUUGCUCGAGUUCGUCCUACCUGAACGGGCUGCCGCGCAACGGCGGUCACCACCACCAUCACGCGCAGUCGCUCGAGGACUGCGACUGGGACUACUUCGAAAGCGGCUCCCUGCCGUUGCCUACGACGCCGAUCGCCACUGUCGGCGCCGGCCCAACGGACACCAUCGGUCAGGACGUUUGGAGCUGCUGUCCAGGACGCGGUUCCGCCUGCCAGGCCUGCGGCGGUUCCCGAAGCGCAAACGUUCUUCCGGUGCCGGUACCCAUACCGGUCCCGGUUCCGUAUCCGGUACCGGUACCGGCCGCCCUGUGGACCGGCGAUUUUGCGGCGGCUGCAUCAUCCAUGAUAAGUCGCGGCGAUGGUCACGCGGAGCCGGGAUCUCUGAGGCUACGAGGUGACCCGGCGGCACCUUGGUUUGCUUGGCACCCUCGAUUCAACCAGCCCCUUCAUGGCGCGCGUCUGGACCCGCGGCUCGCUGGCACCUUCGAUCCCAACACCUGCACCUUUCGUCCGCCCGAUCAGGUGUUGACCCCGAGAUUGUACGGUCCGAUUACUGAGACAAUAACGACCUCAUCGACGAAUCUCGAGCCGCCUCAAAUAGGUCAAGAUGUGAGAGACGAGGCGAACGUUGCAUCGAAGACUGAAGAGCUCAGGAAGGAGGAGAAUUUGUCGACGAAGGACAUCGGCGAAUCUGGUUCGUCCACUACCAAGAAUAGAAAGAAACCAGAAGAAACGAAAAAUAGUGAAGCGGAAUGCAAGAAAGGCGAGGAAGAGGCAGAAAGGAUAAAAGGGAACGAAGAGGCCAUUUGUGAAGAUUCGUUAGCGUCAUCCUUCGAGAGAAACGCGCAAGGAAUGUAUCAACACUCACGAGAGGACUCGGGCAGCUCGUCCGGGAGAUCGUCGGCGGACAGCAGCGAUCUGGAAGAGGAUUCCGGCUCGCACAGGUUCUCCAAGGUGUUUGUAGUGAACGACGAUUCGCUCACCAGCGACAACGAUAUCGAGGACAAUGAAGAAGAUGAUUCGGAUUCCGCGGCAGAAGGCGGCGUGACCUUGAAACGCGUCACUGCGAUUCCUGAAGAGGAACCAGUGGUGUUGCAACAUGUGAGGCUAUUGAACGAAGAUGUGCUCACGGAGAACGAACAGGAAGUAAACAAGAACAAACUUGAAGAACCCAAAAGGCGUUUCAAGACCUAUAUCGGCAACGAUAAGCACAAAAGCAAUGAUAAAUUAUUGGAUAAACCUGUCGCUAAUAUGAUUGAUAAACGAAGAGGUCGCAAUAAGAAAACCGGAACUGACAACAAUGAUAAACGGCUUCCCCUUUUACUGCAACAUCGAUCAAUCCCUGAAGAGCUAUAUCUUGCAGAUGAUAAUGAUUGUUCUGAUAAUCGAAUCGAAUUGAAGUCCAUCAGGAUGCUCGAUCCCGAUAGUAUCGAUCCACCUGCAGGAAUCUUGAAAAUGGACGUAAAACCUGUUUCGAAAAUACAGAUCUGCUCCGAAACUGUCCAUGCAUCGAAGAAGACUUUGCAGGAUGGCCUGAUCGAAGGUCCAAAGUCACCCUCGAGCGACGCCUGGGAUCCGACCAUCGUACCAGAUUCACUCGAAAUAUCUGGAGUUUCCCCUCUUGAAAUUUCAGCUCCUGGAGAGACUGACGUCGACAAACUUGGAGUUUCCGAUAGCGAUAAGAUUGCACGAUCGAUCGCGACGACUGAUUACGAGAAGCAAGGAGAUAAGCAGCAUUUAUCGGAGGCAGAACGUUCGAACGUUGACGUCAUUGCCGAUGCGUCUACUGACAGCUGCACCAGCAACGAGAGCAACACCACGGGUAGUGAGGUGAGCAGCGACGAGCUACACGAAUACGAGGUGACUCCGAUCGAGUCAUCCUUCAAUUACAGCAUCGAGGUCGCCGCGAUCAACGACGAAUUACUAUACCAAAUCGGCAAAAAGAAAACGGAAGAUACUUCGAGAGGCAUCAAGGAAAACGGUUAUCUUCUUCGUGGUAAUCGUGAUGACAAAACAAGUUCAACGAUGACGAAGAAUGGCGUCAAACGGAGCGUGCAGUCCGAGAGACCGAUCAGCGGGCGGUCUUCGAUCGAGUCGAUGAUCGGCGCGAAGGACGACAAUGACGAGGACGAAGACGAAGACGACGAUGAGGGCUAUCGCUCCGUUACGUGUCGUCGGGGCGGUCAAGAUGGCGGGUCAGGAGACAACGACCCGACGGCGGCGGCAACGGGUGAGGAGCGGAUACAAGCCGACGUGGGCGACGCGAUAUCAAGCAGCAGGAUCCAGGAGAUGAUGAGGAGCGCGGAGGAGCAAGACGGCGACGGCGGCAAGGUGGACAUUGCGCAUGACGGCCCGGUGAGAGGCAAGAUCGCCGCUCAGGUGGGAGGAAAUGGUGAUGGUAACGGCGUUAGUGGUAGUGGUGAAUGCUCCGAGGAGGGGGACGCGACACGGUUUCGCUCAGUCGACCGACGCCCGUGCACUCGGCAGGAGAAUGGAUUCCCAGCUGACGGCCAAGCGUCGGCCAAGGACCUCGCCAGAGACACAGCCCAGCACAAUACCAGUGGCAGCAACAAUAAGUAUAGAAGCCUCGUGAUGAUUACCCAGGAAGCGUCGUACCAGCCGGUGAGUGUCGUCACGUCGGACACCACGACGUUACUCCAACCGGAUGAGAUCCAUUCGGCUGGGAGCCAGAGAGGCCUGGCUGGCUACUUCCAGCUGGCAUUGGAGGCGGCGAGCGAACCACAGCUUCAUCGUAAAAACGCUCCACGCAAGCCGCUGAUGGUGAAGAGGCUGCCAGCCGCAGUCGCGGUCUCCGCCGUCACGACGAGUCAUCAAUCAGCCGAGCCUGAAGCGGAUAGUGGGUUGAGUGUCGGUAGCGCUAGUGAAAGCGACGACGUGUCCGUAAAGAACGUGCCGAAGCCGCUCAAUUGUCGGCAGGAGAAUGCGGAGAAUGACGUGUCGAAGGAUCGCUCGGCGUCGGAUUAUCGUGAAGGUGCGCAACUACGUGUCUCGUCGCAGUCUAGCGAUGAUAAUUCGGGUACUGGUGGCGUUAUUAUACUCGAAGAAGGUCUGGCCGACGAUGAUUCCUGGGUGGAAGAAGUGUCCCACGAUGAAGACGAGCCGGGCGCGACCACUGCCACGGAAGAGAGUUCCGAAGAUGAAGCCAAUAACUUCGGGGAUCGUGAAGAAGAGCUCAGGGGUUACCGCAGGCAGGCGAUCGACUUCACCUUGCAUACUAUUGUCGAGGAAUCCUGUGAGGAGAGUGAAACGGAGCCUAGUCUGGCUGCGGGAAGUCCAUCGAAAAAGCCGAGACCACCUUCCGCUUCGGAAUUGGAGAAAUAUUUCUUUUUCGGAUUGGGAGGUGACGGAAAUAGCUCCAGUAUGGGCUCGCGUGAGGUCGACAGUUUGUCGGAAACCUCGUCGAUUUAUUCCGAGGGAUUGGAGUCGCUCGGCCAAGACGAAGCUAACGGCAGUGGUCAAAACCAGGACAGGUCGAAUAACAGUGACGGUUUCCUAAAUUCUUCCAGAUUGGAAAAGUAUUAUCUAUCAGAAUUCCUCGGCUUCGAUCAGGAUAGAAGAGAUUCCGAUGGUUCGGUAGGAAGUGAUUCCGAAGGCAGACCCAGUCCAGAAGCGCAAAGAAGAAAGAAGCUAGUGCGUGCGAGAGGUACAGGCAGAUCUCACAGUUCUUCUCUGGACAAUCUGUUGGCUCUUACGCAGAGCUCGCAGAACCUAAGUUCACAAAAUUCUCUUCAAGAUUUGAGCCUUAAUCAGGACGUGCAAGAGACUCAGUCUGAAGGUUCCUCCACGGAGACUGAUGGUACCGACGACGGCCAGACCGCUGUAUUUGGCACGGAUGGUCAGUUCGACACGGUAAAACGCAAGAAGAAAAAGCCGCGAAACCUGGGAACUCAAAGUCCACGCGUGCCAGACGAUCGGAACAAGACGCCGGAACCCAGCAGAGAAAUGGCACUGAUGAACGAGGUUGUGAUGGAAAAUGAAAACGAGGCGAUGAAUUCCGAAGACUCGGACAGAGCGAAGACCCCGCAGCCGGAAUUAGUUCUAUCUUCAUCCUCCUCGCCGUCCACACUUACGAGCAAUAGUAACGUACUGAACGCAGCCUCGUCCUCGCAAAUGGAUUCUUCAAGAAACUCGGUUUCGAUGAAUUCGAACGACGGUCAGCGAUCGAAGCAGCAAUCACGGGACUCGGGCUUCGUCGGCAGCUGUGACGAUCUUCUUCAGCAUCAAAAGUUACCGGACGAGAGUCAAACCAGUAGCACCGAGGUUAAUCAAGAGGCUGGCAAAGAUCGUUUACUUAAUAAAACCUCGGAGUAUCCUCAGGAUGCAAAUCAGAACGCCACUAAGGACGGAGCAGUCGGCAAAAACAACUUGACGAAACAUCCAGUGAAUCACACGAGUUUGCCGCAUCUGGCGAACGCCUCGCUGUCGCGCAAGGACAGCUUUAACAAUUGGUCCAGCGAUGAGGAGACGAAUCUCAUGAUGUCCAAAAUGCGGCAGUUCUUCAAGACGAUGGUGGCCAACUCGAACGGCCAGGGACAGAACGCCACCAGCGCGAAUUCCGGCGGCGUCUCGCCGGCGCCGAGUCCUCGGCUACCGGGUUAUACCUCGAAAGCGCGACUUUGCGUCCAGAAUCGCACCAAACCGCCGCAGUUAGUGUACUUCGAGAACGAGCUGACGCGGCUGAUGAAGACGGUGCCGGGAAUACGCGACGAGCAAGUGCGAGAGAUUGUCGAGUAUCUCAGCUCGGAGGACACGUGGUCGGAUUCCUACGACAGCUCGGAUUAUACUAGCUCCGAUCUCGAAGGCGCCGCCGGAGGUCGCAGAUCGGCCUUGCAGGAACAGAUCUCGCAGAGCUGUCAACAGAUUAUCAGCAAAUUCGACACCACUUCCGCUGGCGGCGACGCGACUCUAUCGGAUAAGGAGAGGGAGCAAAUUAAAGGGCCGCUGCCGGGUUCCGCGAUGCAACCUGCACCCUGUCUAGGUAGGGAUACCGCCUUCGUCUAUCAAAAGCUAGUGCAGAGCUUCACGAAGAUGGCCGGUGACGGCGUGAGUUCAGACGCCAACUCCACGCCGCACAGUAGCCCGCCACUGAUCGCCAAGGUGAUGCAUCACAUCGGUAGCCGGCUAGUAGCGCUGAUGCAUGAAGUCUCGGAGGGCGGACCGGCCGCGCAUCAUCACUCCACUACUUGGCGACGGUAUUCUCAGCAUCAUCGGACACCCUCUUCGGCGUCCACCACCGAAGACGAUGACUCGACAUCUGACUCCACCAAUGCGCCUUCAUCGGCACAUUUGCAGCUGCCGCGGUCCAAGUCUCACGACCCUCUGUUGCUGAUCAACAGCCAUCCAGCAGCCACCGCCGGUCAGGAAGGAGAGGAACGAGAAGCCAGUGACUACGAGAGGUUCUCUUGGCGCGGCAGCUUCGAGUCCACUCUGAUGGCCGCCGACUCGAGGACGAAACUGAGCUUGUUAGCGUGUUCCGGUGAUGUCAGUGGUGGUGGUAGUGUCAGUGCGAGUGCGAGUGCGAGUGCCCUGGCCGCGAAGCGGCGUAGCGCCGGCGACUUGCUGUUCAAUCCGAAGAGCUUCUCGAGGGAGCAAUUGGACAGGGUGAGGAGUUGCGGUUCGAUCGGUGGCGGAAGCGGAGCCGGGACUGGCGGAGCCGGCGGCGGCUCCGUCGAGGAAAGGAUCUGGAGCAACAGGAGAAGGUCUUCCGUUCCCGAUGCUAACACCAGAGGAGAGUCAGGUGCAUCAGCCGGCGACGAGGAUACCGAGGACGAAUUGGAAUACGGUGGAGAAUCACGAGCGACGACUCUACCACGUGGCAUGCAAUCCGCCAUCAGCGCGGCUACCAAUUCUCUGCCGCGGCUACCUGCGCCGAGCGUGCAGACCGGCCUGACGACGACGUCGUCGUCGUCGUCCUCAUCGUCGUCGUCGUCGGCGGCGGCGGUGGCGGCGACGUCAACCUCGUCGCCGAUGCACAAGGCGCACAGCGUCUACCACUUCCUGCCGCAGCACAGCGGCGUCAAGUCCGCUCGAUAUCGGCCACCUGGCUUCGCCAGGAACAGCAACAUCGGACCCGGCGCGAUCGGCAGUGGACCUAAACGCGCCGUAAGUGCGCCGGGCCUGCAAGUUUCCGGCUCGCAAUCGGCUACCAGCAAGCGAGACAAUUCCAGGUCGAGGAGGCAACAGGCGAUGUCGCUCACGUCAGACGACGGAAGCAGUUUGUCGGAAGCAUGCAGCACGCCGAUUAUCGGAGCAGGAUCACGAGCAGGCUCUAGUCAUACAGUCCUAGACAUGGACGACAUCGAUCCGGGCCAUCUCGCCACUCGCUCGUCUCUGUCGAGUCUCGGGGCACGCUCGGACUCGAUGGCCUCGGUAUAUAGCGGUGCGGGCGAGGGACGUUGCUGUAGAUCCGUGGUCGUCACAGGUGAGGUAGAAUUCGCCUUGCAGUACGACUACAAGAAUCUGACGUUCGAGGUGCACGUGACCAAGUGCAAGAACCUCGCGCCCGUGGAUGUAAAGCGCAAACGAUCGGAUCCUUACGUGAAGGUAUAUCUGCUGCCGGACAAGUCAAAGAGCGGUAAGAGAAAGACAAAGGUGAAGAAGCACACGUUGAAUCCAGAAUUCAAUGAGACGCUGAAGUUCCAUAUGAGCCUGAGUGGCCUGGAGACGCGAACGCUAUGGCUGACGGUUUGGCACUCGGACAUGUUCGGCCGCAACGAUUUUCUCGGUGAGGUGCGAAUGCCGCUGGAGAACAAGAUAUUCGAUGAUCCGACGCCACACUGGUAUCCCCUUCAAGAGAGGACGGAGCCGUUCGACGAUCCGGUCGCAUACAAAGGCGAGGUGAUCGUUGGCCUGAAGUUUGUACCACCGGAUCCGGCACAGCAGGAGCGCGAGCGGGAAAGCAGCGCAGAACGUAGCAAUUCUAAAGCGAAGAAGAACUGGAGCCGCGGCGCACUCCACGUGCUCGUCAAGGAGGCCCGAAAUCUACAGACGCGCGGCAAGAACUCGGGUACCUGCGAUCCUUUUUGUAAAAGUUAUUUGCUUCCCGACAAAGGGCGAUCCGGUAAGCAGAAGACCGGCGUCGUUCGUAGAUCUGGCGGCUCGCCGGUUUGGGGUCACACGUUCAUCUACAAAGACGUUAGUUUACAAGAAUUAGCGGAACGUGGAUUAGAAUUGACAGUAUGGGACCAUGAUCGAAUCGCUAGCAACGAAUUCCUUGGCGGCGUUCGGUUUAAUCUCGGCACCGGGAAGCAUUAUGGGAAACCGGUGGACUGGAUGGACGCAACCGGUCGCGAAUUGUCACUCUGGCAGAACAUGCUCGAGAGGCCGAAUUUCUGGGUCGAGGGCGCUGUGACAUUAAGGCCGAACUUGCACAAUCACGGGAAGAACAACGGUACUUAAAAGCAGCAACGCAAUAAUGUCACUUUCUUCCCAGUUCUUGUUUCCGAGAGAGAAACGGCUCGGAAACGCCGAUUUAGUCCAAGUCGAUUGUACAUAGCUCUAAAGCGUCGCGCUCACAACGGACGUGAUCUUAAAUAUUUGCGAACAAAGAAUCAGUGCCUUUGGAAGCAACGUAAACUCGUCUGAUCUUCCUGAAUGGGCAUAGGCGAAAAAUCCCUGCGAAAUUCCCGCCAGCCGCAAAAUUGCCUGCAAGAUUUUUAGCCUGGGGCCGAUGAAAUAUACACUCGAUGUCGGUUCUGAGCAUCAUAUCUUAUAUAACAGCUGUAAACAUUAAGUUAUUUUGAGUUCCCCGUCUAUUCUUAUUUCUACGUCGUCCAUUGUCAAUUUCUGUAAAAAUCGUGAUUUUAAAUUUCUCUAGAAAAUUUUCAACAUAAUUUCUAAUGAACACAUUGGAAAAUAGUACAAGAUGCUUGCUUCUAUGGUUUUUUUAAACAAAUUUCUUUUAUAUAUUCGUAUUUCUUUGGUUGCUUCGCUUUGACUGUUCCAGAAAUAUAACAAUUAGUAUGAUGAAAAGUAGACUUUAGUUGUUGUUUUUUUUUAUUUGUUUGCUGAUGCUAAAAUUUAAUUUAAAAGGUACAGCAUACCAAAAU